AUGCCCCGGAAAGAGCCCCCAAUCGCUUUGGCUCAAUUAUGCUCAAUAAUUCGGAUUAACCUUCAUCUAUCACGGCAUGAUCCAACCUGGGGUUUGCGGGGUUUGACAUGCUCAGGCCGAGGAAAUUUCCGACUUGAGGCCACCCCCAAGUAUUCAGGUGAACGCAACUACGUGCAUUGCUCGGGUCGGAAAUCGGAACGGCUAACUCCAGAAAAGCCGGGCUUCUCACGAAUGCACAGCAGGAUCCUUGCGGAGAUCAGAGAUGUGUCCUACAUACCCGACAGCGAGGGCCCGAGGUGCCUUACAUACUUCAAGGGUCUACCUGGCGACGGUGCUGCCAACUGUGGAAGUGUAAGCCACAAUACCUUCACCUCUUCCUCUUUCCCGAUAUCCGAGCUCGGGUCGACGGAUCACGUUAUAUUCCAGGACCCAGAGGCAACGAAUCCUCAUUCCUUCGCUGGCAUUGACACCGCACACAUGUCAGACCUGGGGUCGAUCGUGGAGGGUAGGCGGAGUUUCUCUCAUCCGCGGUUUUCAUUCCACAAAUUUUGUGGAGAGACGAUAUUGGGGCUCGGGCUACAAGUCUACGGCGCUUCAGAUUGCCUGGAGUCGCCCGCUUACAGGUACGCGCUUCUCCAGAAUUUACAUGUGGAAGAAUGUUACCGUUUCUCCAACUUGCUGAAUGCGGUUCCAAGCUUUACCGCUGACAUCAUGCUAAGGAACGAGGGGCAAUCCAGGGUUCAAAAUCUCCUGGGCGAUGUUCCGUUGAGGGACGACUCUCACUAUUACCAAACCAAACCUCUGCUUCAUGGGAUGAGCAAAAACUGGGACUCGGAACCAAAUCAACACACCACGUUCAACUUUCACACCUCUGGGCGUGCUCCCUUCUCUCUCCACACUUAUCUACAUACCCUGUAUAUCAACCCCCUAGUGAAGCGCCAUCCCCGGCUCAUUCCCACGCCUUCAGAUAUUGCCCUUUUCAGGAAGCUGAAAGCACAUGAUACCGGUACGACCCUUGGCCCUUGGAUUCUAGCUUCAAGAGCUACCGCCUUGGCCUCUCCAAGUACAUACUUUGCGGGGAUGUUCAAAGUGAAGGGGAGUCUGGGGAAGCAUGGGCAGAUCCAAUCUUCUCGCAAUCGAUUCUGGGGACAACUGCGGAAGCCCACAGUUCCCCCGAGAAAAUUGAGCGAUAAUGCGCCCGCUGGCGGCAUUGCGAAGUCUUACAAGAGCCAGUCAUUCCGACGCUUGUCCAGAGUUUUAACCAGUGCACUCUUCGAGUUCAUAGCCCCGGACUCUGGACUCGCAGGUCUUAUCUUUCAGCCUGAGGGCGUCCGCCCGCGGUGGAAACAGCGAACCAGCCAGCGGGGUUCUCCCCGCGCGAACAACAACGGGCCUGUCUCAUACAACAGGACGAUACAAAGCAAGAUGCAACUCAAGCUCCAGGACUAUGCAUUAUUGCUAUUGUUGCCGCUGUUAAAAAUCCCCGCGAGAUCCAUCGGAAAUUUCGAACAUAUUUGGUGGAAGCCUCCACAAUCAUGCGAUGAGCGUAAGAUUCUUCGCAUGUCACAAUUGCGUCCCAAUCCGGCCGGAGGGCGACGCAAGCUAUGCAGAUACAUGUGCAAAUUGGAGUGGUCAUUUUCCAAUGGCGGUCGAGAUAUGAAAGCUGUUUCUAGGACAAAGACGAGAGUCCAUGUUGAGUUGCGGGCGAGCCUCGGCGACAUGCUCAGAGAGAACUCACGAGCAAACCAUAUCAAUUUAAUUGUGGUCUCGACAUCAACAAGGAUAGCCGUGAAAGCUAUCUGCAGAGUCGACGUCCUGCUAGCUGAUACCCGACUCGAGAUUGGCGCCUUCCCGUUUUUUUCAUACCCCUGA